UGGUAUUAAUGCGCGGCAGAAGGGGAAAACACAGCUGUGCGCGUGCAACCAUCAGCUUACUCGGAGAGUACAUUGUGCGGAUAAGACGAAUUUACCGUGUAUUUUCGGCUUCAUCAAACAAGCAUGAAGUUCCAAUACAAAGAAGAGCAUCCCUUUGAAAAGCGACGGUCAGAGGGAGAGAAGAUCAGGAAGAAAUACCCAGACAGGGUUCCUGUAAUUGUGGAAAAAGCUCCUAAAGCCAGAAUAGGGGACCUAGACAAGAAGAAAUAUCUUGUCCCUUCUGAUCUGACAGUGGGCCAGUUUUACUUUCUCAUCCGAAAACGAAUUCACCUGAGAGCUGAGGAUGCACUCUUCUUCUUCGUAAACAAUGUCAUUCCCCCUACCUCUGCCACCAUGGGCCAGCUAUACCAGGAGCAUCAUGAAGAAGAUUUCUUCCUUUACAUUGCCUACAGUGACGAAAGUGUGUACGGAGAAUAGAGCCAAAGGGAAAUAACCCCCCCCCCCUUAAAACAAUAUAUAGGCAUCUCAUAGCGUUCUCAGAACUGAAGUAUCAGAUGCACUUUUGCAUUUAUUUUAUCAUAUCCUUUAAUGUUUUUUUUCCCCCUUUAGUCUGACAUUCAGUUCUGGUGUUUAUUAAGAAUUAACUAAGAAGCAGUUUUUCAUUUUCAUGGUUCUUAUACAGUGGUGUCAAGAACUGACAGACACUAGCCCUAAUACAAUGAAAAUUAAAUUUCGCCUUUGAUAUUGGUAAGUGCGAGCUAAUUCUGCCAUUUAAAGUUGUUUUUCCAAGUAUAUUCAGUUAUUUGCUCACAUAAUAUACAGACCUUUCAGAGUAAACUCAUUUAAAUGUUUCUGAGCAUUCAAAGAAUGUUACAGGAUUUCUAACUAGCAUGUACAGUACAACACUAGCUGGCCAGUCAGAUUGAAAAAAUCAGACUAAGGUGUUUUCUGUGUCCGCUAAUUCUGAUUUGCUGUUACAUUGAUUUACUUUUAUUAUUGUACCUAGAAAAGUCUAGAUGGUUUGAUUAAUAUUUAAGUUGAAAAUCUCAAGUGCAAGUUUUAUUUGCAAUUUGUUUUCCUUUUUUUUUUUUUUGGUAUUCAGCUGCUAUAUUUCUGGUACUCUUGAUGAUGACCAUAUAAACCAAACGCACACCUAUUUUGUCUACUGUCAUUUUUCUUCACUGAAUGAAUCACCACAACAAGCAGAACGCGAACUACUAAACAGAUUACUUUCAGUAAUCGUUAGUCUUGGAAAGAUAUUUUACAAAAGCUGAGAAUAUUUACUGUUUCAGGUGUAAGUAUUAUGAAUUUCUUUAAAAAAGUAUUAUCAAGAAUAUGAUUUUUGCCCUAAUAUCAAAGAUCUUACUAGAAAAAAAGAAAUUAUGAUCCAACGUGAAUUUUCUUGUUAAAAAAAUAUGAUUGUGCCUGGUAACGUGCAUGUAAAAUGGCUUGAAAUAGCAUUUUAGCUUAGCAUAAAGCUAACAAUUUACACAAGGUUUAUUUCUAUUUCUUCUGCUCCAAACUUACUUCUCUGUCUGCUCGUAUGAAUGUAACACAUCUAACAUAUAAAUGUAUUCCAUUUGAAAGGACUAAAUAUGAAAUCAAACAAAUGACAAUAAAAUGCAAAGUAAUCUCUUCAGUAAUCAAAAUACUUUUUGACUGUAACUGUAUUCUAAUUAUCAAUUAUUUAAACUGUAACUGUAGUGGAAUACAGUUAGUUAUAUUUUGUAUUUUAAAUACGUAAUCCCGUUGCAUGUAUUCUGUUACUCCACAACCCUUUAUAUAUAUAUAUAUAUAUAUAUAUGUAUGUAUAUAUACUAUAAUGGAUGCUUAUUUAUGAUCUAUUCCAUGUAUUUUUUUUUAUAAAAUUUAAAAGAUUGAAAUAAAACUAUUUUUCUCACCGGUA